AAUCAAUCGCCUCCUCCUCCUCCUCCUCCUCCAGUCCUCCUCCGGGGGAAAAAAAGAAAAAAAGAAAAAAAAAAAAAGGAAAAGAAAGAAGGGAAACAAUCAGAGAUGGCGACGUCAGCAGUGCAGAGGUCCGCAUUCGCCGGGCAGAGAGCGCUGAAGCCGCGGGAUGAGCUCGUCCGCAAGGUCGGCGUCUCGGAGGGCCGCGUCUCCAUGCGCAGGACUGUCAAGAGCGCCCCCGGGAGCAUCUGGUACGGCCCCGACCGUCCCAAGUACCUGGGCCCCUUCUCGGAGCAGACGCCGUCGUACCUGACCGGGGAGUUCCCGGGCGACUACGGGUGGGACACGGCGGGGCUGUCGGCGGACCCGGAGACGUUCGCGAAGAACCGGGAGCUGGAGGUGAUCCACUGCCGGUGGGCGAUGCUGGGGGCGCUGGGGUGCGUGUUCCCGGAGAUCCUGGCGAGGAACGGGGUGAAGUUCGGGGAGGCGGUGUGGUUCAAGGCCGGGGAGCAGAUAUUCUCGGAGGGGGGCCUGGACUACCUGGGCAACCCCAACCUCAUCCACGCGCAGAGCAUCCUCGCCAUCUGGGCCUGCCAGGUCGUCCUCAUGGGCUUCGUCGAGGGCUACCGCGUCGGCGGCGGGCCCCUCGGCGAGGGCCUCGACCCCAUCUACCCGGGGGGCGCCUUCGACCCCCUCGGCCUCGCCGACGACCCCGACGCCUUCGCCGAGCUCAAGGUCAAGGAGAUCAAGGACGGCCGCCUCGCCAUGUUCUCCAUGUUCGGAUUCUUCGUCCAGGCCAUCGUCACCGGCAAGGGCCCCAUCGAGAACCUCUUCGACCACCUCGCCGACCCCACCGCCAACAACGCCUGGGCCUACGCCACCAACUUCGUCCCGGGCAAGUGAAACAACUCCACAAGUCUAUUUUGCAGCAGCUGCUGCUGCAAA